GUGAGUCAACUAGCAAGGUCGCCAGGCAGCGGCAACGCACGCACUUGGCGGAUGAACAGGAUCCGCAGGAUGGGCGAGAGGCUGCCACAUAAAUUACACUUUAAUUUUGGAGCAUUUUUGGCCACGGCUUAUAAAUCAACCGAGUUCCAGCAAACGCGACGACGACGACAGCUGGUUGGCCGGGUUCUCCGCCGGAUUCUCGCCGGCUCCGGGAGGCUCCUGCUCCUCCGGGCUUUCCCUCCGCCCUCCCCCCGAUCCCUUCGCAGCUGAGGGCAGGCCACUCGCAAUAUUGAAAUUUCAAUUUAAUUACAUAGAACGAGGCCCGACCUCAGGCCCAUGUGCCCACAAAAUGAGCUGUCGUUGUGGUUCAAAAAGAGUCAGCACCACCACCCAAAUACACAAAUACACCAACAACAAAAGCUGGUGGUGCAGGGUCCUGUUAGAUGGGCUCACUUGAACUGAACUGCUCGGCGGUUUGGCUUAAUUUGUUGAGAUAAUUGUGCCGAAAUUAUAUU